CACACACACUCUGUCCUGUAGGCGCAGCAGCAGAUUCAGUCAGACUUCAUCCGCUCGGCUCAGGAAGAGCAAUCAGCCAUCUAACAGAUUACUGCAAAUAUCACGCGCUCGAAAUCCAGGAAUCACAUUAAGCUUUGGAGGAAUACCGCGAUCUACGGGAACAGGGGGAUGUUCAGUCUUGCAUCGUAAGGAAGAUCGCCUUGUCCACCUGACACAUGAGGACGACUCAUUGUACAGGGAUCAUGAGGGCUGUGCUUUCGUGAGAUAUCAAAGGAUUCUGGUAAUGUGCCAUGGGGUACGACGUCACCAGGUUCCAAGGAGAGGUGGACGAGGAUCUGUUAUGUCCCAUCUGCAGUGGGGUGCUGGAGGAGCCAGUGCAGGCCCCGCAUUGUGAGCAUGCAUUCUGUAACGCCUGCAUCACACAGUGGUUUGCACAGCAGCAGAGCUGCCCUGUGGACCGCACUGUGGUGACUCUUGCCCAUCUUCGACCCGUUCCCCGCAUCAUGCGUAACAUGCUUUCCAAGCUGCAGAUCUCCUGUGAUAACGCCGGCUUCGGAUGCACGGCCACCCUUCGGCUCGACCAGCUGCAGUCACACCUCAAGGGCUGCGAGCACAACCCCAAACGACCCGUCACGUGUGAAGAAGGCUGCGGGCUAGAAAUGCCCAAAGAUGAGAUGCCCAAUCACAACUGUAUUAAGCACCUACGCAGUGUGGUGCAGCAACAGCAGACCAAGAUUGCAGAUCUAGAGAAGACUGCAGCUGAGCACAAGCACCAGCUUGCAGAGCAGAAACGUGACAUCCAGCUCCUGAAAGCUUACAUGCGAGCAAUACGCAGCGCUAACCCUAACUUACAGAACCUGGAGGAGAGCAUAGAGUACAAUGAGAUCCUAGAGUGGGUGAACUCUCUCCAGCCCGCUCGCGUGACCCGCUGGGGAGGAAUGAUCUCCACACCCGACGCCGUCCUCCAGGCCGUCAUCAAACGAUCGCUCAUAGACAGUGGAUGCCCGUUGUCAAUCGUUAAUGACCUCAUCGAGAACGCCCACGAGCGUAACUGGCCCCAAGGCUUGGCCACGCUGGAGACACGGCAGAUGAACCGCCGAUAUUACGAAAACUAUGUGGCUAAGCGCAUCCCGGGCAAGCAGGCCGUGGUGGUGAUGGCCUGUGAGAACCAGCACAUGGGUGAAGAUAUGAUUCUGGAGCCGGGUUUGGUUAUGAUCUUCGCUCAUGGCGUUGAGGAGAUCUUAUAGUCUGUACAUAGGUGCGUGCCAGAGACUGAAUUGAUUCUCCCCUCUAAAAAAUUCUCAGUUCAUCCCACUAAAAAUAUCAAGACCUCUUUGGCAGUCGUUACCUCAAAUUUUAAGGACGGACACAGGCAGAGAAAGUUCUCCGCUCGUGGACUUCCAGCAUUCCCUGUUCUCUUUGCCUUAAAUGGACAUUUUUCAAAAAGUGGACACUAAUGACAAAAACCAACUUGAAACAUUAUCAGGGACGAUGGUACACUUAUGUUUUAACAUUAACAUUGAAAUCAAAAAGAUUUGAAGUGAUGUCUAAUUUCCCCUUUAACAUUUAUUUCCCUCUUGAGAGCAAAUAUAUGUCACUCACAGCUUAAGACAAGUUAAGACUCUUGUAAAUACAGAUGAUAAAGAAAUAUAGACAAAUAUAUGUUCUUGUUCUACUAGAGUAGUGGACAUUUUUGCUGUUUUCAUCUCAGUUUGCUAUUUAGAGUAGAGUGUUUUAACUACCAUGGAUCUCAGUGAUUUUUUUUUGUUUCUUUUUUUUUGAUAGAGCUAUGAUGAAAGUUUGGUAGAUAAAGAACUCUGCUCGGUGUUUGCACUGUGUGGUGAUUGGAAAAACAAGAUGUCAUGAAUCUCAUUUUGUGAAGAUGUUUGUGGAAAGAGUAAUGGAGAGGAAGUAUAUGAUGGAAAUCAACGGCUGAUUUGAUACCUUUUAUUCUACUCUUAAAUUUUCAAUUAAAUUUCCUCCAGAAAUAAUGUUUUUAUUACUUGUAUCUUCAUUAUUUUCUACUGGCAUCACUGGCUAUUACACUUAUUAUUAAUCAGAACCAGAUUUUUCUUCUUUGAUACAGUCUUAGUGACCUCAAAGUUUUUUUUUUUUCUUAAAGAUUUACCAUAUGCGAAACCAGAAAUGAUGGAUGAAAAGCUUGUGACUCGAAUAUGAAGUAUAGAAACAUUGUGAAAAAUGACCAAACUACAGCUGAUGUAAAACAUGAUGUCUGUGUGAUCUCCUGCAGAUGCUCAACCAUAUCUGGACCCGUUUACUGUGGCUUACAUCAGAACCGUUUUUUAUCCAUCAUUUGCCACAGCACCUCUUGAUGAAUUUCAAAGAAUAAAGAGAGAUGGAACGGUUGAAUGUUUGUGUAUAUUGUGCAGUUGACUCCUGGAUAAGUGGUUUAAGAAUUUAUUUUGCAUAUUUUACGUACCUUAUUUGUACAUAGUUGAUUUUAGAAUCAGUUAACUUUUUGUUGUGCGAUAGUUGUCUCUGCAACCAAAGUUUUAUUGUGUUGUAUGCACAUCGUGCUUGCUUUUUUGUUGUUAUCGUUGCAUGGACGCCGAAAAUGUAAGUGCAGCCAAUAGCAGCUAUUCUCAAAUAUAUCUUCGGAGCUAUUGUGUGUCAUCUCCUUCAGUGUUACAUUGACCUGAAUGCUCAUUGCGAUGUUUACAGUAGCUUAUUUGCAAAUGUUGUUUAAUAAGAGCUGAAAACUAUUGACCCAGAAUGUUUUACUCAGCAAUAUUCAUCCAGGUCUAUGUGAAUUAGGGAGAAAUGUCUGUGAACUUUGCCUUAUCACACUUCAUCCGAUACUUCACUGCAUAAUCGCAGUGUAAUGUGUCACAUGGCUUCUCUGCGCAUCGUCUCGCAAUCACACCCUGAAGCUGGAGAGAUUAAACAUGACCCAGUGUUUCACUUCUUGGUUCUGAUGGAUUUGAUCACCUUCCAUAUUAUAAAUGAAAUGAAAGUUCACUUUUUUGUGUUCAAUUUAAUAAAACGGAUGCGUUAUCUCUUAUUCGACACGCAAGACUUACUUGACUCUCAGGUUUUAUCAUCUGAUGUCAGGGAUGAAAUGUUCAAAGAGCUCAUGUUUCCGCUGCAGCAUUGUCCGUGGAUGUGGCAUUCUUCUGUUUGUUUGUUUUUGUCUUUUAUUCUUGCUUUUGUGUUGUGGGUUACUGACAGAAUAUGAAUAAAUAUAAUUGAUUUUGCAAUAUGA